AUUUAUUAAAAUAAAAAUGGAUUAAAGUAUACUAUUUAAGCCUCUUAAAAUGGGAGAUGUCGAACUUCCUAAUCGUAUUUGUAUGGCUGCUUUAACCAGAUAGAGAUGCGAAUUAAAAGACCUUGUUCCCACCGACAUGAUUGUUCAAUACUAUGGACUCAGAGCAGAGGCUGGAUUUAUAUUGACAGAAUGUGUUCCGAUUUCCUAAAGAUCUUUGGCUUUUCCAGGAGAGCCAGGAAUUUACACAAAGGAGUAAGUUGAAGGUUGGAAGAAGGUUGUGGAUAAUGUACACUCAAAGGGAGGCAGGAUCUAUGCUUAAGUUUGGCAUGCUGGAAGAGCAAGUCUAUCCACUUUAUAGGAUGGAUUAGAAAUAUGGGGUCCCUCACCAAUUAAGAUAAGAGGCAUCCAUAGAAGAGGGUUGAUCGAACAUGAAGUACCUCACGAAAUGACCAUUGACGAAAUUCAUGAAGUCAUUAAACAAUUUAGACAGGCUGCUGAAAAUUGCAAGGAAGCUGGAUUUGAUGGAGUUGAAUUGCAUGGGGCUCAUGGAUACAUCAUUGAUUAAUUUCUUAGAGACAGUUCAAAUAAGAGAACUGAUGAAUAUGGAGGUAGUGUUGAGAAUAGAAGUAAAUUAUGUUUAUAGGUGAUUGAUGAAUUCAUUAGUGUUUUUGGAAAUGGAAGAGUAGGUAUUAAGAUAUCACCAGUCGGUAGAUUGAAUGAUUAAUGUGAUUCUGAUCCUCUUAAGUUAUAUACACAUUUGGUCAAAGAACUAGAAAAAAAGAAAAUUGCUUUUAUUGAGGUUAAAGAUGACAAUGAUCCUGCCAAUUUAUUUGAUUUUGGUUAUCCUUCAAGUAAAGAGUAGAUCCCUGAUCUGUUCGAAGUCUUCAGACCAUUAUUUAGUGGCAUAUUACUAGCCAAUAACCAAUAUACACCAGCUACUGCUAUUGAGGGUAUUGAGAAGGGAAGAUUUGAUGCUGUCACCUUUGGUAGAUUAUUUAUCUCUAAUCCUGAUCUUGUUGAGAGAGUUCGAAAUGGAUAUGAACUAAAUACAAAUUGGGAUGUCGAUACCUUCUAUACUAAGGGAAUUAAAGGGUAUUUAGACUAUCCAUUAUAUUCAUAAAAAUAGAAAUGAUAAAUAUUAU